AUGAAGCUAUUGUCUGAAAAAUUAACCAGUCUGAACAUAUUCCCUGCACGAACAUUCGGGGCUACAAAUGACCAAAACACAACAAAACGUCUAGGUCAAUGGUCAACUCGUCUUUACAUUAUUUUUUUGGUCAUCACCUUAUCUAUUCUUGCUCUUCAUACAAUGUUUAAACCACAAACGUUGACAAAAAGUUUUCCUACAUCAUCGUUGAAUGUUUACAAUGAUCUCAUGCAUGAUCAUGGUGAUGCACUGCAAUGUCCUUGCUCAUUAAUUUCAUCAUCAUACAGUCGAUAUAUUCAAAUUGUACCUAUCUAUCAUCAGAUUUGUUCAAGUCUUUUUGUCUCGAAUGAAUGGCGAAUGAGUAUUAUUGCAAAUCUUCUUCCUGAUUUAUCUGUAUAUACAAUCAAAGAUUAUCGUCGUUUUAUUUCUGCUCAUUUGCAAUUUCUCAAAGGAUUAUGUGAACUUUCCAUUCAAUCAGUAGAUCAAUCUAUUCAUCAAGCUUUAUCUUCAUUAUUGAUCACCAAUCAAUUACUAUCAAACUAA